GGAGGAGGAGGCGGCGGCGAGAAGAUGGCGACUUCAAACAAUCCGCGGAAAUUUAGCGAGAAGAUCGCACUGCACAACCAGAAGCAGGCGGAGGAGACGGCGGCCUUCGAGGAGGUCAUGAAGGACCUGAGCCUGACGCGUGCCGCGCGGCUUCAACUGCAGAAGUCCCAAUACCUGCAGCUGGGCCCCAGCCGCGGCCAGUACUAUGGCGGGUCCCUGCCCAAUGUGAACCAGAUUGGAAGUGGCAGCAUGGACCUCUCCUUCCAGACACCAUUUCAGUCCUCAGGCCUGGACACGAGUCGGACCACACGACACCAUGGGCUUGUGGACAGAGUAUAUCGUGAGCGUGGCAGACUGGGCUCCCCACACCGCCGGCCCUUGUCAGUAGACAAGCACGGGCGACAGGCUGACAGCUGCCCCUACGGCACCGUGUACCUCUCGCCUCCCUCGGACACCAGCUGGAGGAGGACCAACUCUGACUCUGCCUUGCACCAGAGCACACUGACCCCCACACAGGCAGAACCCUUCGCAGGCGGGUCCCAGGAUGGGCACCACAAGAGAGUCUUAUUGCUCACUGUCCCAGGAAUGGAGGAGACAGGGUCCGAGACAGACAAGACCCUCUCUAAGCAGUCUUGGGACUCAAAGAAGACGGGUUCCAGGCCCAAGUCCUGCGAGGUCCCUGGAAUCAACAUCUUCCCAUCUGCAGACCAGGAGAACACGACAGCCCUGAUGCCCGCUACCCACAACACAGGUGGCUCCCUCCCUGACCUCACCAAUGUCCACUUCCCCUCUCCACUGCCGACGCCACUGGACCCCGAGGAGCCCUCAUUCCCUGUGCUCACCAGCUCCAGCAGCACUGGCAGCCUCGCACAUCUCGGUGUCAGCGGCGCAGGCCAGGGUAUGAAUACGCCCAGCUCUUCUCCACAGCACCGGCCAGCCGUUGUCAGUUCCCUGUCCCUGAGCACAGAGGCCAGGCGGCAGCAGGCCCAGCAGGUGUCACCCACCAUGUCCCCUCUGUCACCCAUCACUCAGGCCAUGGCCAUGGACACCCUGUCCCUGGAGCAACAGCUGCCCUAUGCCUUCUUCACGCAGGCUGGCUCCCAGCAGCCUCCCCCUCAGCCCCAGCCACCGCCUCCACCUCCGCCUGUGUCCCAGCAGCAACCUCCACCCCCCCAGGUGUCUGUGGCUCUCCCCCAGGGUGGCCCACUGCUGCCCAGUGCCAGCCUGACUCGGGGGCCUCAGCUGCCGCCACUUUCCGUCACUGUACCGUCCACUCUUCCCCAGUCCCCUGCGGAGAGCCCGGGCCAGCCUCCUCUGGGGAUUGACGCUGCCUCGGCAUCGGCUCUGCAGUACCGCACAAGUGCAGGGUCGGCCAACCAGUCUCCCACCUCUCCAGUCUCCAAUCAAGGUUUCUCCCCCGGAAGCUCCCCACAGCACACGUCCACCUUGGGCAGCGUGUUUGGGGAUGCGUACUAUGAGCAGCAGAUGACAGCCAGGCAGGCCAAUGCUCUGUCCCGCCAGCUGGAGCAGUUCAACAUGAUGGAGAGCGCUAUCAGCUCUAGCAGCCUGUACAGCUCCGGCUCCACACUCAACUACUCCCAGGCUGCCAUGAUGGGCCUGAGCGGGAGCCAUGGAGGCCUACAGGACCCGCAGCAACUCGGCUACGCAGGCCACGGCGGAAUCCCCAACAUCAUCCUCACAGUGACAGGAGAGUCCCCCCCAAGCCUAUCUAAGGACCUGAGCAGCACGCUGGCCGGGGUCAGUGACGUCAGCUUUGAUGCGGACCACCAGUUUCCGCUGGAUGAACUGAAGAUCGACCCUCUGACUCUGGAUGGACUUCAUAUGUUGAAUGACCCCGACAUGGUCUUAGCUGACCCUGCCACCGAGGACACCUUCCGAAUGGACCGCCUGUGAGUGGCUGUGCCCGCCACCUGCCGCUGGUCAGUCUCCGACGGCACUGCCCCAAAUCUGGGGACGGCAGUGCUCCGUCCUCCUUUGCCAACGGCCAAGCUUGUGGUUCUGAGCUUGCAAUGCUGCCCAGCGCCCCCUGCCAGCCGCCACCCUGGUUGUUCACCUCCCAUGAUGCCUGGUGUGAGGCCGUUGUGUACCAGGCUGGCUAUCUGUCCGUCCGUCCACCUGGGGCCAGGCUGAUUGCAGAGGCUGUGAGUGCCUGGCCCCAUGGCCCCGUCCUCACGCUCACUCCCUCGCCCCUCCCUGGGGCUGUGAGAGCCCUCAUCAGUGGUCCACUUCCAAGAUACCCAAAGUAUCACUCAUCCCCAGAUGUGCUGCCCGAGGGUGGGCUGGGCGUGGCCGUGGGAGCCCAGAGACCAAGGCGGGCCAUCCAUCCGACUGUUCUCAGCUGCCACUGCCUUCCUUCAUCCCGCCCCUUCCACAGCCAUCCCCAGCCCUGGUCAGGCCACGCAUGCCCACCGGGCCCAGGGCAAAGCCAGAAGAGUGAGGGUAGACUGGAGCAGAAUAAACACUAUCUGGAUGGCUGCAUUUCCUAUUCCUGAGCGCCUGAGAGCGCGGCAGCCGCCCUAUGGCCGAAUGUGCGUGGACGGGGCCCACUGAAGCUGCCAGUGCCCCUCCUCCACCCUUUCUCGACCACCAUUUGCCCACUGCCAGGCAGUGCUCAGCAUGAUGGCACAGGGUUAGUGGAGAGUCACAGGCCACCUGCCCAUUUUCGUCCUCCCACCUCAGCCCCAUGAUCGGUCCCUCCUACUGUUUAGGGUGUGGGACUCGGGAGGCAGCAGCCCUGGAGGGUUUGCUUUGCCCUCAGUUUGUAUUGGCAUGGUGGCUGACCUUCCAGACCCUCUCCUGGCAGCAUGUGCUAACCCCCUGUCCCUCCUUGACCUUUUGUUUUUAUUUUUAAGCUAACUGAAACAGCAGCCUGGAGCACUUGCACUGGGGCACCUAGGCUGCUCACAUGGGCCUGGCCUCACCUGCUAUAGUCUCAACUCCAAAGAGCUACGUGGGCAGGGAGGGGCUGGAUGUGUCUGUAAGAGCCACAGAACAGGUGUCUAGAAACAGGCUUCGACUCUCCGGAGAACCCACUCCCUCUGAGGAUCCCCAGGGUGCCUGCCAGGCUUCAGCAGGUGGAUGGAGGCUGCUGGUGUCUGUGCUAAGACAACCUGUGAUGUGUGGGGCCGUGGGCCCAGCUUGUCUUUCCUGGCUCACCUGUGGCCUGGAAGCUCUAUUCCCCCAUCACCCCUAGUGAUAGCUUGAUGUGCCCUGCACCUCUGCCCACCAGGCCGUCACCUUCUGCUUGGUUGUUUCUCUGUGAUGUUGCCCACUGCCCAUGCCGGGGGCUGGGGCGCUGUGUGUGUCUCCCUAAGCCACUAGGUAACUGCUGCAUGAGAAAGCUGCCCCUCCAUCGCCUGCCCCCUGGACUUGGGGAUACAGCGUUGCUCUGUCUAGUUCCCUAUCCAGGUCUCAGGCCUUUCUAUCACCGUGGCGCAGGCUUGAAAGGAAUAGUGGGGACGUUAUUAUAAUAUUAUUAUUAUUAUUAUUAAAUAUGCAUGGUGGUGCACCUCUGUGACGCCAGCACUGGAGAUCUGGAGAUAGGAGGAUUAGGAGAUCAAGGCCAACUUGGGCUACGUGAGACCAUCUCAAAAAAUCAAAACAGGAAGUCCACAUGCUUGGAGUCUGGUUUUCUCCAAGUUGUAGAAUCCUGAGCAAACAGUCUUAACAAGGCAGAGAGUCCCGCCUCCUAGUAACCAGUCACUGGCCUUCCAAGUUCUCAGUGAGCCAGGGCAGGACGGCCAUAGUCCCAUGACCCUCCAAAGCUGGUAGCCUGUCUUUCAAUGCCCUACAGCCAAGAGUGCAUGUAGCUGUGUUAACGUGACUCAGUUCAUUGCCAAGUUCUGUGAUGAGGUGCUGGGCCCUGCCUCAGCAUCCCAGGCAGGAGUGAGCACCUCGCUGGUAGCCCUGUAGCCCAUCCAGGGGCUAGGGGUCUGCAUGUCCUGGAAGGGCUUACCCUCCCCUGGGCCUGGAGGCUGUGCUAUGGGGACUCCGGGGGCUGCCUUUGUUUUCUAGAUGUCACUCACCUCUCCAGUAAUACCCUUGUAUUGCCAAGACAUCCCAAGAUGACAGCUCAAAGCAGUGGGUCCCUCAGCUGGUGACCCAUUGAGCAGCCAGCCUGGGUUCCCUGCAGCAUGUACAUAGACCCUCCGCCCACAUCAUGCUCUCAGGACAGGCUUAGACGCCCAGCCCCCGAGAUGUCGAAUGCGUGAGCCAGGCCUGGCCUUUCUCCCUCCACCUCACCAGUGACUCACGAGCUUCAGCCAAACCCCUCAGCCACUUGGCUGUCCAACCCAUUUCCCCAGCUCAGAAAAAAAGACUGCAGCUUCUUGAUAACACUAUGCCCAGCUGCCUCAGUUUACCUUAUCCUUUAAAGCCUCUGUGUUGGUGGUUAUCCGCCCAAAGGACCCCAGACUGACAACGCAGCUGGACCCAGCCCCUUUCUGUGUCCUAAGAAAUGGCAUUUCUCCACCCACCCACAGGCCCUGUCGUAUCCCUUUUCUGCGACACUGCCCAGUGGCUGUUUUGUGCUGAAGUUCCUUGGGUAGUCUGUAACUGGCAGGGCUUUGGAAGACUCUUAGACAGGGGGUCCCCCUAGCGGAACCCACACGCUACUGCAUGGCACAUAUGUAAAGGUGUUCAGCUGCCGCACUGGGCCUGGUGUCAAGAGUUGCAGGCCUGGCACUCGGGACAAGAACAGGUAAAAGGUGUGGGGCGGUGACACCACACCAGUGCUGGCCAGUGGUCUUGUCACAGGGGGCCUAGAGUUGGUUCACUGCACUCUGAGUUUUCUGGGUUUCCCAAAGAAGAGUCUAUGCCCGGUACAGCCACAUGCUAAGGGCUACAGGAGCUGUGUGCACGGGCUGAGGUCAGGUCAGUGGUACAGUCGUGCCCUCGGCAUGGCUGUUGUCCCUCAGGAGGUAUCCAGGUCAGGGCACCAUGGUGCAGAGUGUGCCCUGUGUGCUCACAGACCCCAAGAUCUGCGUCUAGUGUGGUGGUACCUGGUCCCUUUAAAACCCCUUUCUUCUUGGUUCCUGGGGUCCCCACUUCCUUCAGGGACCUGCUGGGUGUCUUGGAGACCACAUCAUUCCUGUCUCAGGCAUGGCCCUCAGUGUGGCACAAAUGCCCACCACCCAUUGGUCAUAGCCACCUCUCCCCAUUGGGGUGGAAGAUGGAGGGACCUGUACCCUCUUGAGCCUGGGUGCUGGGGUACUCCUAAGGCCAUGGAGUGCCCUGAACCUCAGUUUCCCUCUUUCCCAGCCCUGCUGGGCUCAGGUGCCCAAUCUCCUGGGCAGGGUGGGGACAGUGGCAGGGCCCUCUGACUGUGCCAGCUCCACCUUCUGCUCUUGGCCUUUCCCUGGGGCCCGGGAUCCAUCACAGGGGGUAAAAUGUUGCCCCAUCUUUUGGGGCUCUAGAUUUUCAGGGUGACUGUGGCCCAGCCUAAUCCAGUCCAGCUGGCCAAACAGUUCUGAUCACAGGGGUACGUGAAGUCAGGGCUGUGGCCUUAAAUCCAGAGACCACCUUUGGUCCUCAGGCCCCAGACCCCAUCUCACUCCUUAGUAGGAAAAAGAAGGACAUGGGCUGGGCAGCCCCUCUGAUAUAUGCAAAUGGCUGGUCCUACAUUCCCCUCCCCGUGCCCAGGCUGGCUCUGCCCCCAGCAUGCGCACUCCGCUGCUGCGGAUGUCUGUGGACCGUGCGCAUGGGCACCACAGCUGGGGGUCAGGUUGCUCAGGGCACGCACGGCCGCCCGCCCCACCUUCUGGCGCAGACGCUUCUUUGUAUUUUUGCGCCCUUUGUAAUGAAAUGUAAUAAAAACCCAAUGUUUUCGUCUG